CCUUUUGUCAUGUCUAUUGACAUUUUUAUGUAAAUAAAACAAAAUAAACAAGUUUUUGGUAAAAUUACAACACAUAAUGGAUGAGGCAUUCGAAAAAUUAAAGAAAGAAGGAAAAACUGACGUUGAGAGUUUAAUAAAAUGGUUGAAAGACUCAAUGCUUUUAGCGAAGAUCAUAGAAGACGCGAAAGCAGCGGAGGAGAAGGCACGCGCACUGUUCACGGACUGCGCGAACAAACAAGCAGUGGAGCUGGACAAGUUUAAGGAGGCUGUUGGGAAAAUAGCUGAUGAACAAAAAAAGAAUGUAGAAGACUUCACGAAGACGCUGGCGGAGCAGGGACCCAAACUGCUAAGCGCGCUGCAAGCGGGCGCCAGCGCCUUCAAGGACGCCAUGACGAAGAAGUGACUUGGAAUAAACCUCUAUACUGGG